CGGGGCGGGCCGGCCCGCGGGCGGGCGGGCGGGAGUCGGUCUGUCAGUCUGACUGUCAGUCUGUGUGACUGUCUGGUGUGGCGAUGUUCACGGGCCAUCGACGUGACAUUUGAGUAGCUACAUCACAUGCUGCACUCGAUCGGGAGGGAAGCGAAGGUGGCAUUUGUCUCGGGUCGCGUCGACCGAGGAAUCGCGGAUUCUCGGGUCGAUGUUUCUUGCUGCAUUCUUGUAGAGCGAUCGAGGGAGCGAGGCCAUUGAGACAGAUUGAGUGAGUGAGUGCACGUUGGUUCGUUUGGUGGUUGUAGACCGAUUUUGAUACUCAGGAUUGUUUCUGGUCGACGGACGCGCAGUGUGACAGCCUUCGCACGGAGGGAGCGCUGGGGUGGGUGGGUAGAUUGGGUGUAACUUGGUGGGCGCCGGGCGGACCUUGUUUCGGUGCUCGAGAUACGAAUGCGGCUUCGUUAGAUGGUUUCUUCCGUCUUACCGCAGAGGGUUUGAUUUUGUUGCUGGAUUCCUCUGGGCCUCAUUGGACUUGAGGGGGAGAGGAAGAAGUUCUGGAUUUCCGACAGAGGCGAAGAUGAUAGAGUAUGAGAGUGUGGCCCAUGCGGAGGCUGCCCUGAACCGGACGCUGGGCAGUAUGGAGCUGAUGUGGUUUGAAUGGACCGCCAAUGUCAGCGAUUUCAACCUUUACAUGAUGAACUUGGUCUUUGUUCUGAUCAUCUACAAUGUGGCCCCUUUACCGUCAUUUUUCUUGGACGUGUAUCAAGUGACUAGUUUCGAGAAGUACAGGAUACAACCGGGCGUGCACAAUACCAAAUCGGCCUCCAUCCAAUGUUACAAAGACACCAUGAUGCUUUAUUUCUUCAUCGUCGCUCCGCUGAAUGUGAUUUCGUACCCCACGUUCAAGAUGAUCGGUAUAAGUUCGGAUAUACCACUUCCCUCUCUUCAAACCGCACUCCUCCAGCUGCUGACCUACUUCCUUAUCGAGGAUUACACGAACUAUUGGCUUCACAGAUGGCUUCACUCGGAGUGGGGAUAUAACAACAUUCAUCGAGUUCACCACGAAUUUACCGCCCCACAGAGUUAUGCGUCUGUGUAUUCUCAUUUCGCCGAAAUGCUAUUGCUCGGCAUUCCCACAUUUCUGGGUCCAGCUAUUUGUCCGGGUCACAUAAUCACUUUCUAUAUAUGGAUAGCUUUACGGCAACUCGAAGCUAUCGACACACACAGCGGGUACGAUUUUCCGUUCGCCUUGACAAAACUGAUACCUUUUUAUGGAGGAGCUGAAUAUCAUGACUACCAUCACUACAUCGGUGGCAAAAGCCAGAGUAACUUCGCCUCCGUCUUCACGUACUGCGACUGGCUUUAUGGGACAGACAAGGGUUACAGGUAUCAAAAGGAAUUGCUGAGGAAGACGAGGAAGGCAAAAACUAGUUAGACAAAGUGACUCGAGUUUUAGUUUGUCUCCCUCAUAUGACAACUUGAAGACAACAAACGCUAGAACGUGUGAGGAGUGCAAGGCUGGUGCAAGUUUCUGCCACAUAAAUUAGGAUGAAUAACAACGGACUUCCAUGGCUACAUAUAGAAGUGCUCUAUAUCUAUGAGCCAAGUCGAGUUCUAAGUGCACAUGUACACGAACAUUCUGUUGUAAAUCCAAGAGACUGGUUUAUGUGGAUCAGUUUCUUCCUCACAUUUUGUAGAUGAGAUUCUGGAGCGAUUGUAAUCUGGGGAUCCCAAUCAUCGCACCUCAAAAUUGACGAUCUUCAAUAGACUCUGUUUGCUCCAAU